AUGUUGUUUUUGGUGCUUUUCGCUGCCCUUGAUGGUGGUGGUCUACCGCAGCAACAUCGCACAGUGUGUGCUCUUGGACUGCUUUUUGGUACAAUCGGUGAUUUCUUGCUUGGUAUUAGUAAACAUGGUCUGAUACCUGGAGCAGUAGCAUUCGGCAUAGGACAUCUGUUUUACAUGUCACUCUUCAUCUCUCGUCCUAUAAAAAUUUAUUGGCCAGUUGUAUACUUCACUGCAGCUUGGGGCGUCGUUAUAGCAAUACUGAUCUUUCUUCCUGUUGCAAAGGAACAUCCAAUUGCGGUUUUCCUCUUUGCCAUUUACGCGGUAAUCCUAAAAUUAUGCUUGAUCAUCACUACUUCUCAAUACAUCCAUCGAGAUGCGAGUGAUAAAGAUGAGGGUCUCUACUAUCGAUUUCUCGGGUUCUCGUUGUUCUACCUCUCCGAUUCAGUGCUGAUUUUGGGUGAUGCAGGAUUCCCAAUUCCUUUUUCCGGGAAAUUAUGCCUAGCUGCCUACUAUUCAGCACAAUUCUUGAUCUUAUGCGGCAAUAUACAUUCGGGUCUUUAUGUUAAGAACAAAACUGCAUAGUCUUUGUCUCAUAUUACUAACCCCUUGCUGAUUUUCUUGCAUGUACUUAGCUAGGAACGUGGUCUUUGCAAAUGAAUACUCAACUUGUAACUCUUCCACUAAUGAACUGACUGUGAUGCGUGUAUCUCAAAAAAUUACAAAUAUCAUUCAAUGAAUGUGAUUGACUAUGUUGAG